AUGAGCGGAAUCAAAACAAACGAAAAACACUUCGAUGUCAUCAUCGUCGGCGCUGGUAUCUCCGGUAUCAAUGCCGCCUACCGCGUCCAAGACCAACUCCCCGGCUACAGCUAUACCAUCCUGGAAGCUCGCACCGAUCUAGGUGGCACCUGGGAUCUCUUCAAGUAUCCUGGAAUCCGUUCCGACUCCGACCUUUUCACCUUUGGCUUCCAAUUCAACCCCUGGUCCCGCAAUAACCCCAUCGCCGAGGGCUCUGCCAUCAAGGAGUACGUGCGCGACACAGCGACCAAGUACGGCAUCGACAAACACAUUCGCUACAACCAUCGCCUGUCUUCAGCGGACUGGUCCUCCGAUGAAAAUACUUGGUCGCUCGCCGUCGACCACAAUGACGCCCAACAGACCUACACCGCCCGCUACGUGAUCUUCGGCACGGGCUACUACAACUACAAGGAUCCCCUGAAAGCCGACAUUCCCGGCCUGGACGCUUUCCAGGGACAGAUCAUCCACCCGCAGUUCUGGCCCGAGAACCUCCAGUACAAGGACAAGAAGAUCGUUAUCAUCGGAUCCGGCGCGACCGCCAUCACUCUCCUCCCCAAUCUCGCCGACCAUGCCGCCCGUGUCACAAUGCUCCAACGGAGCCCGACCUAUAUCCUCUCCGUCCCGAACCGCUCAGCCAGCCGCUGGCUCUCCUACCUCCUCCCCAAUUCCCUGUAUUGCAGGCUGCAGCGCAUGAUCUGGAUCUACACCAACCGCAUCUUCUUCCUCUUCUGCCAGCGAUUCCCGAAUUUCUCCCGUUGGCUGCUCAGGUUGAAUGUGCGCAGGCAAUUGCCCAACCAUAUCCCCUAUGACCCACACUUCAAGCCCAAGUACAACCCCUGGGACCAGCGGUUGUGUGUUUGUCCCGAUGGGGAUCUGUUCCGCAGUCUCCGGCAGGGCAAGGCGGAUGUCAAGACUGAUACGAUUCGCGAGGUUACGAAGAAUGGUAUUAUCUUGAACUCUGGCGAGGAGCUCGAGGCAGAUGUUAUUAUUACUGCUACUGGGUUGCGCUUGCAGAUUGCAGGUGGCUCCGCGCUGUCUGUGGACGGCACCAAGCUUGACAUUGGUUCUAAGUAUCUGUGGAAUGGAGUCAUGCUCCAGGAUCUGCCCAAUGCCUCUUUCGUUAUCGGGUAUACUAAUGCGUCGUGGACUCUCGGUUCGGAUGCGACGGCGCAGUUUAUCUGUCGUUUGCUCAAGAAGCUUGAGUCGCAAAAGUUGGUCGCUGCUACUCCCCGCCUGAAGGAGAGGGAUGCUGCUUCGCUCCAGGAUCGUCCUCUCUUGAACCUCAAGUCGACUUAUGUGUCGGUUGCUCAGCGCGCGUUGCCCAAGGCUGCUGAUCGUGGUCCGUGGCAGCCGCGUGAUCACUACUUGAAGGACUUGAAGUUUGCUCAGGGUGGUGAUAUUGACACCGGACUGGAGUUCGUGCAAGGGCCGAAUCUGCGUCUGCGCCCCAACAUGUCCUGA